AACAGGUGAUGGGGAAGAGGACGAACGCCCUUCAGACGUGCGCGCACCGCUGGAGGCAGUGCAGACCGGGGCUCGUUUGGGGGAACUCGGGCUGGUGUUAGCAGCGGAGAGGAGACGGCGACUGGAGCUGGGUGGGCAUGACAUGUGAGCCAAGUCUGCACAGAUACAACAAAUACCCAAAGUAUGUCUGCGGCAGGGGCGGGUCGACGCAGUGAGGAACCGGACUCAGGUGAAUGAAAGCGAAGCUGCAGAUUUUUCUGCUUUUGAUUUUCUUUACCAACCACGGUGAGAAGAGACCGACUCGGUGGCUGAAGCUUCCCCCGCGCCUCCUUCACCCUGCCUCGGCGUGGCAGGCGUCAAGGUGCCGCAGGAGGAAGAGCCGCGCUGUUUCGUGAACUACUAGACCAAGACGUUUCUGCGCAGAGCAACGCCACGGUUUUUCCUGAGAGACACACACACAGGAGACAUAAGAGAGAGGACACAAAAGAGAGGACACUAUGUCAAAGGAGACGAGAGGAAAAGGGUCCUCACGAAAGCACAGCGCCACACAUUGGUGUCUGCAGAACAUCGCACAAGAAUCAGUGGACAGCUCUGAUGAGGAGUUCUUUGAUGCCAGAGCAGAUGUUAUGGAGGGGAAGAGCGCCAUGCUGCUCGGCAUGAGUCAGUGGAACUCAAACGACCUGGUGGAGCAGAUUGAGACUCUGGGACACAUGGAGGACCAGUCACAUGAGGGUCUCUACCAGCUGGGAGGUCCACAUUGUGCCCCGCAGAGCAGCAUUGAAGGCCUGGAGGACAGAGAGAGGAAAUGUAAGACCCAUGUGCUGCUCCUGGUGGUGCAUGGUGGAAACAUCCUGGACACAGCGGGUGGGGAUCCUAGUACAAAAGGUGGCGAUGUGGAAACCUUGUCCUCAGUGCUGGAGAAAGUGGCCCGAGUUCAUUUCCAGGCUGCCGCUGAGCAUGUGAUGAUCAAGUUGGUUCCAUGCCCAGCUGUGUGCGCUGAGGCCUUCUCUCUGGUGUCCAACUUGAACCCGUACAGCUACGACGAGAGCUGCGUGUCCAGCAGCGUUGACCACCUCCCCCUCGCCGCCCUCCCCCUCCUCGCCAUCGUCUCCCCUCGCUACCAGGACGCCGUGGCGACCGUGAUCGCCCGAGCCAACCAGGUGUACCACAGCUUCCUGCAGUCUGAGGACGGCCAGGGAUUCAGGGGUCAGGUCUGCCUAAUGGGCGACUGUGUGGGAGGUGUGCUGUGCUUCGAUGCUUUGUGCUUCAGUAACCACCAGAGGCCUGGCAGCCCCAACAACAGCAGCAGGAACAACAGCACAGAGAGCCUGAAGGAUAACUCAGGCCGGCUCGGCGAGUCCAGCCCAAGUCUGAGCUCCAGUAAGAGGCUGAGUAAGAGCAACAUCGACAUCUCGGCCCCCAACGAUGGGAACGGGCAGGGAGGGCCGCCGCUGAGUCGCAAGCAGAGCGACUCAUACGACGGAGAUACAUCGUCCUCGGGCCAGAACAGCUUCUUUUCUGGCCUGAUGAAGGAGAGCGUGGAGGUACGAGGAGGCAGUAGCACCAGUCUGGUGUUGAACCCCGGAAAAUUUGACUUUGAGGUGUCAGACUGCUUCCUGCUUGGCUGUCCGCUGGGCCUCGUGUUGGCCAUGAGACGCACGGUGCUGCCCUCAGUCCAGGUGAGCCAGCUACAUCCAGCCUGCUCUCAGAUUUUCAACCUAUUUUACCCCUCGGACCCUUCAGCCUCCAGACUAGAGCCUCUGCUGCAGCCUCUCUUCCACAAGUUGCCACCGUUUGCUGUUCCACGCUACCAGCGCUACCCUCUAGGAGAUGGACGCUCAAUGCUCAUAGCUGAGAGUAUUCAUGGCCAUCCUAACGUGUUUCUGGAAGGGGAUCAAACUCCAGGAGGUCCAGCUUCACAGCCGUCUUCUGAGACAAAGACUGAUGGCGGAGGAGGAGGAGACGGAGGCCGUAGAGCCAGCGAGACCAGUGUGGAAAGUGAAACGUCGAUUUGCUCCAUGAGCCAGCUGGGAAACACCAUUAGUAACAUUUCCAGUAGCUGGUGGGGCUCCAAACGGCUGGAUUUUGCUCUGUACUGCCCCGAUGUGCUGACCUCCUUCCCCACAGUGGCCCUGCCUCACCUCUUUCACGCCUCAUACUGGGAAUCCACUGACGUAGCGGCGUUUGUUCUCCGGCAGCUUAUGCGAUGUGACUGUGUGAAGACCCAAGAAGCGGACAAUCUGGACUCGGCUCCGUUUUCGCCCUCCAGCCCACGAGAAAAAUGGCUCAGGAGGAGGACGCACGUCAAACUUAGGAACGUCACUGCCAACCACAGGGUGAAUGACGUAAUUGCCACAGAGGAUGGACCUCAGACCUUGGUUGGUCGUUUCAUGUAUGGCCCCUUGGACAUGGUUACUCUGACUGGAGAGAAGGUGGACAUCCUGCUGAUGACACAACCUCAGUCUGGCCGUUGGGUGCACUUUGACACCGAGUUGACCAACAGCAGUGGCAGGAUUGCAUACACAAUACCCAAGAGCAAGAAGCUCGCCCUCGGAGUCUACCCAAUUAAAAUGGUGGUCAAGGGUGAUCAAACAAGUGCAGAGGCGUACUUGACUGUGUUGCCAAGAGGCAUGGAGUGUGUGGUCUUCAGUAUUGAUGGAUCUUUUGCUGCCAGUGUGUCAAUCAUGGGAAGUGACCCCAAGGUCCGCCCAGGAGCUGUCGAUGUCGUAAGGCACUGGCAGGACCUAGGGUAUCUGAUAAUCUACAUCACAGGCCGCCCUGAUAUGCAGAAGCAGCGUGUGGUGUCCUGGCUCUCGCAGCACAAUUUCCCCCACGGGAUGAUCUUCUUCUCUGAAGGCCUGGUUCAUGAUCCCCUGCGACAAAAGACCAUCUUCCUCAGGAACCUCAUACAGGAGUGUCACAUUAAGAUCAACUCUGCUUACGGCUCCAUGAAGGACAUCUCUGUUUACAACAUGCUGGGCCUCAGUCCCUCACAGAUUUAUAUUGUUGGAAGACCUUCGAAGAAGUACCAGAAUCAGUGCCAGUUCCUGAGUGAAGGCUACGCAGCGCACCUCUCCACUCUUCAGUUUGGCCACAGAGCCAGACCCAAGAAGUCUCCCUCAGUUCGUAUGGUCCUGAGAAAAGGCUCAUUCGGUCUCUCUGCGAAGCCUGACUUCCUGUGUAAGCGCACCCACCUGCGCAGAACCAUGUCUGUGCAGCAGCCCGACCCGCCAUGCACACCCAACCCUAAGCCUGAGCGAGCCCAGAGCCAGCCAGAGUCAGAUAAGGACCACGGGGGAGGAGGUGGUGGUGGAGGAGGAGGUGGAGGUGGAGGGGGACAGGGGGUAUGGGGACGGGCCUCCAUGCAUCGUGGAGACACCACUCCCUGACGACAGGAUGGAUUUCAGGAGGGGGAAAGAGGAGAACAAUGGGGUCUCAGUGUCCAGGGCAAAGAGAGACACCUCUACCCAUUGUACAUGUAUAUGGAUUGUGUGCUGGCGUUCUCCGCUCAGCUUCACCCCCUGCUUGGCCCUCUACACUUUGCAUUCUUUUGGCCUCUUUUCAUAACCUGCUCGAUGGAUUGCAUCACCCAGUCUUUGUGCCUGAAUUUUAAGCAGUUGCCUUGGAUGGCAACAUUUUUUGUGAAUGUCUGUGCAAGUUCGAACUUUGUCCAAUUGUAAAUCAAAAGAAUGUAUUUCAAAAAGUAGAUAAACACACAUAUUCCUGCGUACGCACUACUUCAGAGGAGGGAAAGUGUGACUUGAACCCCUCAGACUUUGAGAAACAACCUAUCAGACGCUCCACUUCAUUAUCCUCCUGUUUUACGUUCAUCAAUGUAAAUACUCAUCAUACGUCAUCUCUGCUUGAGCCCUGGACACAGAAGCACUGUGACAUCAAGGUUCAGUCUUUACACCACUCUGCGAUCUGGAGCCCAAGUCAGCCAACCUUGCCUGCCUCCGCCUCCAUUUUCCCCAGACUGUAAACACCUCUUCCUCUUUUUUUUGUGGCUGGCUUACUACACCCUCUGCCCCCUUUUUUUCCUUCUCCUCAACCAAUCAAGCAGAACAUGCUUUCGGACAGUCACCUCAAACCAGGGUCCACAGCCGCUGAAGCGCUGCUGUGUGCACAUCUCGGCCCCCUGAGGUUGCAUUUGCACUAUCAAAGUACACUGCAGUGGUUCUCGUUUUAGCAGCAGAACCUGCUUCAAACAAAGAGUUGUGUUUGUAUUUUGUUGAAUUUGUAGUUUCUGUUUUUCCUGCAGAAUGUGCACUGAUGCUGCCUGUUGAUUUAUGUAACUACUAAAGAAUAAAUAGCUAGUAGUUUGUAGGAAAGUGUUGGUUUGACCAAAAAAUGUUUACAGAUUGAUAAACACAGUUGUAAAAAGUGAUCAGAACUUUAGAUACAUCAUCUAAAUCCCAGUGUAUUUAUCAUUAAUGGCAACUACAGUAGUUUGUUGCUUGAUGGCUGCAGUAGCUUGCGGUUUAUUGUACUACAGAACACAUGCAUACAGUGGUAUUCCCACCACUUACUACAGCUGCACUGGAACCAAGGGAUUUGUGCUGAAGUCUGAUGCUGUCUUGUGCACUGGAGGUUGAAUUGAGUCUCACUGUUGCCAUGUUUGAAACUGUGCAAGUCAAACAUAUUUUUCUAUGAGGAGAUAUUGUAAAAAGAAAUAUUUUCAAUGUUUGUUUUUGAAUAUUUUGUUGUUGGACUUGUUGAAUGGUUGAUUUUUGCCUUAAAUUGUUUUACGAUGUAGUGUAGAGAAACAAAUUUAUUAGAUUUGUUUGACCAAAGUGUUGAGUUUUACUGUAACUUAAUGACAAAGUGCAUUUUAUCUAGUUGAUAUUUUUUGCGUUGACAUGUUUUAGAUACUGUAUAUUUGUGUGCAUGUGUGAGUGGGUGUCUAGCUAUUUGUUGUAGAGUUGUGUUUACUGUGAACAUGAAGACAGCUACGAUGAGCCUGAGGAUGCAGGGAGGCUAGUGUUAACAGACCUGCAUGUUCUCACUGCAGCUCACUACUGCCGGCUUUUAAGGAUUCAGCGUACAUUUUUGUAGUAAUGGAUUGAAGCUGUGUGACGAAGGAUGACAUAGUCAAGGUUUUAUACCUCCAAGAAAAGAAAAAGGGCUUAUGGGUUCGUACGGUGUCUGAAAAAACUGAAAACCUGCUUAGAAGUGGAACAUGUGAGGAGGAGGCUGUCUGCGACUCUGUUUCUUUCACUGCCUAGGUGGUCCAGUAAUUAGCUAUUUGAUAACUACUUAGUAUGUUUGACUCCCUGUAGUGCUGCCCCUGUUAUUGCAGUGCACUAAUUAGCAUUACCUGGUAAUUGUAUAAUAUUGUAAAAAAAAAAUACUGGAAAACAUGACUCCAUUUUGUUUCACAUUUAGUUAGUUAUUACUAAAAACUGCAAUCCAAACAGUAAAACCGUCAUUACCAUCAAUGUAUAGACAUCAACCAACCUGACGCCAACAAAUACUGGCACAUUUCUGUCACAAUGAAACACUGCAAGAGUGAAAUAUUAAAGUUGGGCACCAUUCAAGUACAGUAAUGUUAGUAAAUGGCAAAUAAUGAUCUAAUGGUUAAAUAGUGAUUGUUCAGUGCAUGUUAAUUUUUUUAUAUUGUUAAGUAAUUUUUUAUGUUUAUGAUCCUUGUAACUAACCAUAGAGUAUUUCUCUGUAAAUAACUGGUUGAAAGUAAGAAGUGGAUGUUAAAGCUGCUGUUGGUAGGAAUGGUGUAAAAAAUGUUACUUUUUUCUGCUGGGUUUGGAGAAAAGGUCAUAAUGCCCAUCGGUACUCAUCGGUAAGUGAAGUAAUUUGAGACUAUUGCGAAAUCUCUGUGUUUUCCAAUGCCUUUGUAUCAAGUAAUGUUAUUAUUCCCCUCGUUCCUGUUAUGACAGACCAAUUGUAGCUAAUCUCAAAUCCUCUGCACUGAUUGGUUAAAGGCCGGCCCCUACUACGUCCUCCGACUGGUUAUGAGACCGGCACUAUCGUUACUGCACACGCCGAUCUGUGUUGGGGGGCUAAGAGGAAAUCUGGUUGGGAGGGAUAGUGUUGACAUUCAAAGUCCCUCUCUCUGAACAGAUGUUUACUCUGUGACUACCAACAGCAGUUUUAAUUUAUCCAUGUUGAGUCAAAUUUUAAUCAGUGCUUCAACUAACAAGGAAGAGUUAUUGGUUUCAGCUCAUUUAUUGAAACCGACCAAUUAAUGUACUCCAUGUUUUACUCCUGGACACUAAUCCCAUUAUCACAUGAAAAAUAACAAAGAAAGGAAAAGAUAUAUUGAACAAAAAAUUAAAUGGCUGUAUUUAACAAGAUAUUCUGUCUUUUCUACGGAAGCCCUAAGCAGAUAUGCAUCCACACUUUUUUUUUUUUUCCUGUGAUAAGUAGUUUUCAGAUGUCAUCUCAAUUUCCCAAUUAUUUAUCUCCCUUUUUAAAGUUAAGAAUGCUAGUUUUCAGUUGUAAUCGUUAGAUUUAACUCUUUUGUGUAAAUAACAAAGCUUGUUUUCUCGUGAUAGCAGGUUCAUUUUCUGGUUAUCUAGAAAACAAAACUGGUCACUGUGAUUGGCCAGACCAGAGGCCAUGCUGCCACCACCCGACACUUACCGGGUAAGUAAAGCCUAUUUUAAUGUUUCAUUUUUUGUGCUUUUGCAACUCUUGGGAGUUAUGAUCAUGUGACAUGAAGUUGAGAUCCCAGAAAAAUGUAUCACAGGAAAAUUGAGUAAACCAAGUGUAUGGAUGGACGUCUGCUAAGGGCUUUCAAAUUUUAUGGAAGUACUAGCUAUAGUCUAUUAUUGGUACUCAUCAAAUCAUGACUUGACUAUUGGGUAGUCGCCUAAUUUGCCAUUUAUUAACAAUAUUUAAGACUAAAUAAGCUUCUGUUGGAUAUUUAUUUUUGUGCUCUAAGUCUCUGAAGUUGGCCUUUGACUAAUGAAGAAAACAAGUCUGGUUUCACAACUACAAAGUUCUUGUUUUGUACAGAUUCUCAGUGAUGAUGAACAUGUUAAUGUGUUUAUUGGAUGAUUGCAUAAAUAAAGAUAUUUCACAGUUGGAGAGAUGA